GAAGAAGAGUCUGGUAAUUUCAAAAUCCAGUCUUUUAUAGAGAUGGUGGCCGAUAGUAAGAUCGUAGGGAUACCAUUCAGUAUUACAGGAAAUCAGCAAAAGUUUGACAAGAUGUUAGUGGAGAAAUGGCCGAUUGUGCAGGCCUAUGCUCUCGAGGAUUUCGGAGGGCGAGGAUUCUUCACCCUGUCACAUGAGGUAGUGGAUGUUAGUGCAGACCUACACUUGCUGUACAGACAGAUAGACCCAGUGUCAUUAGAAAAAACUAUUACUGAGCAACUGCCACUGUUGGAGAGGCAAUGGACUAACAUGAUUAGCACUGUGGAUGCAGACUUAUCUAAAGAUCCGAAAUCUAUCACAGAAGAAAAGAUUUGUGAGCCUCUGAAGAGCUACUUUUUACAUGGAAUAGUUGGUGCUGGCUUAGUCGACAGAAGUCAUAAGGAAGUUCCUUUUGUUCUGUUUGGAUCCAACACCAAGAAGUCUAUUUUGGACAGUUUGAAGGAUGGUGGCAAGACUGAGAAAAACCACAUCCAUUCCACUGGGACUGGAAAUGAUCCCUCUAAGUUUAUGAUAUGUAGAGCCACGUCUCCACACUCUGCCCUGAGUUGUACCAGGACGUAUUUCUUCACCAAGUUGUCAGAUCCAUUUCAAGGGCCCUAUGAGGACUACAUAGUAGAAGAUGAAGAAACCAGGAUUCUGGUUCAAAUGUAUUCUGCCAUGGUGGAUAGUGUCAUGGAAGGGAUGCAAGUGUACGCAAACACACUGAGUGUUCACAAGGCCCGAGCUAUGGCUGUCGACAAAUUGUUGGAUCAUUGUAAAAAGAUCGGUAGUCCCAUUAUACAGAAAUACCUACAGCGCAGCAAUGUGUCCAAUAUUGUAUUCACAAUGGAGGCUGCUGGUAGUGAGGGAUGCUCAUGUCCAGUAGAAGAUGGACAGCGGUCACUGAAGAUAAAGACGGUCAAGCUCUUCCUUUAUGAUAUACCCAGUGUGACACAUACUGGCAAGGUGGCAGGCUCCCUGGCCUACUCUGAAGUGUUCCUGGACUCUGUUAUAAGGGUCCAGAGAGAUGAUGGGACACAGUAUUUGAAUAGUGAGAUAUUGAUCCUCACCGCUAAUUUCCCACGAUUCCAAGCAUGGCAUCUGAGUGGUGGGAGAAACAGUUCCUUACAAGCUAUACAGGACAAAAUGAACCGCGGUCUCAGUGACGUCUGUGGCAAAGUGUUGAUGGCAGGAGAAACCGUCUCCGCUGGUACAGCACGGAGCCUCUGUAGAUUCCCUGUAGAAGUCCAGCUGUAUGUAUACGAACAGGCCCUGAUCAUCUACCAUCCUCAGUCCGGUGCUGUUUCUCUCCUAGACAACAGAAAUCUACAGUCAAUAAAUUUCUAUGAUGGGGGGACUGGUAGUGUUUUAGCUGUACUAUACCUGGUCGUCAAGGAAACGGCAAAGUCCAACCUACCAACAUUCUUGAUUUCGGAGAGCAACCAUAUUUAUCUGAGCCUCACACCAAAGACAAAGGCCUACAAAUAUAUGUACUCAGAGGUUUUACCAGCGUGGAAAACGGAAUCUAGUCUGCCUGCUGUCGUAAGGUGUGACACAUUACCCCGGGAAUAUGCUGACACGUAUAACUACCUACAGAACCACUACCAGCUGAGUCCACCUUCUGUUCAUCUGACAGGAUUUCCCCGAGCCCUGUCGACACUUCCUAACCUCAAAUUGUUCCUAGCUCACUACUCAGCCAGUAGCGUGAGCGACAUCCCAAUCCCUGAGGUGGCUAUUCCUGCCAUCCGUAACAUCGUCCAGCCUCUCGACACUGAUCGCAGCAUCGCAGAGGAGAAUCGCAGACCUGGUGAAGAGAGAGAACCGGAGGAUAAAGCUAUAGAGAUUGUGGUUAACAUUGUUGGAGGAGUACAUGGGAAUCACAAGGCGACGUUAUGUGACACAUUAACUGAGAUCACCAAAGACAGAAUCAAGUGGACCGUUCUACGACAGCCUCUGGAUACUACGGACUCUUACAUUCCUGGUCAGCUACAAAUGUCUUUGACCUCCCUGGUCAGUAACAACAGGAGAAGACGGUCAGUGGUGAUGUCCACCACGUCCAAGGCCCGAGUGUUAGUGGUCACUCCAAUGAAUGUGGACAUUGUACAAGUGGUCCAAGCUAUACAUUGUCAUCCAGACCCAGAGGUCAGAAAGGUCACCAAAAUAGGUGCUGUGACGGUGUGUGUGGACCCUCUCAAUGCCUACAUAGAACGCAGACUAACAAUACCUAACCUGCUCAAUGACUGUGCCCAGGGCUGGGUGAACAAUAUCCUCUUCACCUCCUCAACAUCAGUCAAGAACCAAUCUUUGCUGGAAAUUCAGAAUCUACUUCGGUCUAUCAACACAGAUGUAGCUUUUUUCUUGGCAGAAAAUGGCAAAGUAACAAGGAGUAUGGACAUCGAUGCCAUGCUGUCAGAGACAGCCUUCAUGCAGGAUGAAAAAGUGCGGGCUAGACAUCUUCUGUGUCCCGGCUGGUCCUUGGAGGCAUGGAAGGAGCAGACAACUCUACUCAAAAUGAACAGCAUUCUCCUGAGAUUCUCACAGCCCUUGGAAAGUCCACUUCUACUGAAAAAGCUCAAAGGCCUGAAGAGUUCUUUGAUGACAUUUCCAUGCAAGGGUAACAUUUACUUUGUACACGGCAUGCUUCACUUCACAGAUUCUCCAAACCUGAAGGAGCUUCAUCACAUCACCCUCAGUGAUACCACAUCUCUGACAGCUGCCAAAGGUCUCGACCAGUUAUCUAGUAGUACAAGCAAUGGGGAUGGUCCUCACAAUACCAAGGGAGAUAACUUCCUCGUGAUCACUGGGUGUGAACUACGGGAAAACGUGGUAAAGGACUGGGUCCGACUCUGUGUCAAACAGAAGCCUGAGAAAAAGAAGCUUAUAACACGCAAAAAUGUCUCGAAGGAAGAUGUAAAGAAAAUCCAUACUCGGCAUCACCUGGAGGCCCUCCCAGAAGGCUGGUUCUAUAACGGAACACAAUUCGUCAGCUUUGACGGAGAAAAGCAGAAUACACAUCCAGACCUGGACAAGUUUAUCCAGCAAUACAUCGAAGAAACAAAUCACAACGUAGAAAUUUUCAACAAGAAAGUGGACGAGAUUUCUAGGAACUAUGUCGACCUUUUCUCAUGAUCUCUGCCGUCUGCUAUUGUGAGCAAACAUCGUAGAUGUGACUAUACAUUCAUGCUGAUUCCGCCGGUGACAUUUGACCUCUGGCAAUGCCCGUAUUUGGACGAAAAUACCUGCUGACAGUACUUCUCAUGUUCUACUGACUCUUAAACACUAAUAAUUGUUGCCUGAACUCUGCAGACUUUUUUUCAUGAUUUCCUUAUUUGGAGAAUGAUCUUUUUCACUCGGCACCACUGAAAACAGAUCUUUCUUUUUUUAUUGUUUUAAAGAUCUUGUUAACCUUUCACCUUUUGACCUAUUAGUAUGAUGACCUCCGUAUUUUAUUUUCGUGAAAUAUUGUGAUAAACAUCAGCAUAAUAUCAAUAACCUCUUGUGACAUUAAACAUUAUGUCAUGUUGGGGGACAUUUUACUAUGAAGGUCUCUGGUAACAUUUUUGUAAGAAAACCUCCAAUGUUUCCUCAAUUGUCAUGACCUAUUAUGACCUUUCAAUAUAUGAAAACAUUUUGUAUAUCUAUCUAUAUAGAUAUUGAAUUCCAAGGGUUCACACAAAAGAAAUCCAGCCAAUAAAUAAAUAUUAACAUUUUUAUGCAAAAUUCACUAUAUAACAGUAUUAGUACAUAAUUAUGAUAUGUAAUGGUCUUGAAGCCAAAGUCUGAAUUAAAAAGAUUUGAAUGUUAGAUGGCUACGAAGUAUGCGAGUGUGCAUGCAGGGAAGAUGUGAUUUCGUAAACAUGACUUUGUGAAUCCCUGAAAUAUCUAAUGAUGUCUGAUAAUAGAUGAGAGAAAUAUCCUGAAUUGAGUUCAUACACUCACAUGAAAUAUCCCUACUCUCAUCUGGUUCAGGUAGGAAACAAAAGUCUUAAAAGAAACUGCAGUAUCUGCAAUUGUCACCUGUUUGUAUAAUUCAGGCAAUAUUUUUCCAGACCACAUUAAGCUCAAGAUGAUUUACUAAAGGGUUUUUCCAGUAAAAAAAAAGGUCUUUCCAGCGGGAUGACUCAAGGUUUGUUAAUCAAGAACCACUGAUUCAAAACAAUACUUGAAUAUUUUAUAGGAUAAGUUUUCUCCGACCGCCGCCCUGGAUAUACUAUCUCUUUACUUCUAGAGUCCUCUGGUGGAUAUAUUACUGGAUUGGCCCUUACAUUGGUAUAUACUGUAGUUGUAUAAUUUUGAGGUGCUGAAAGCAACCUGGUUGUAUAUGUGCAGUAAUGUAUCAUUUUUGUAUAACCACGUGAUGUAAUUAUUUUUUGUUUUUUACUUGAAACAAUUUCCCACUCUACAGAGUAAUAAUAAGCUACUACAUGUAUUUGUUCAAUAUUACUUGCAGUAUUAAGCUGAUUUUCAGCUGUCUGUACUAGAGAAAUGUUAUUUUGUAGAACAUUAUAGUUACAUAUGUAACGGUCAGUUUAUUAUGUGGACCAAUAACAGCAUCCCUAACUUACCAACCCUCCCUACUUCAGGAGACUCGCAUCAUUUUACGGGAAAUUUACAUUGAAAAUCUUCAAGUAUGAAGAAGUUACUUUCAAGUAAAACUGAAGCUGAUAUUUGUUAUCAAUUGUCUUAACAUUAGAUUUAUUAGUCAAGAAGAAAAAAUAGCUUAAGUAUUGGAAUUUUUAAGGUAUAAGUUUGUCAAAAGAUAUCUAUAACAUACUUUUCUUAAUUAAGUUUGAAAAUUUGAAUACACAAAAUUUGCCCCGUGUAUAAAUUCGAAGAAGUUGGCAUGUAUGGGAAUCAGGGUACUGAUUUCACAAAUCCAAGUUGAUGCUGAAAUGACUCAUAAAAACAUGUCAUCGGUUGUUUAAAAAAAAAUAAUCAAACAAUGGGAAUAAAAAGUAUUGUGUUUGUUAUAGACUGAUAUAUAAUGUCGUAACACUACCAGUCAAUGAGUUUGAUACCAAUUCAAAUUUUACAAAAUUUCAUUAAAAUUCAUCAUUUGUUCAAUUAUAAUUAUAAGACUUAUUUGUGAAUUCAGAAUACAGAUGUUACCCAUAUGUACAUGGGUUGAUAUAUUAGUAUUUAAUGUGAGGCCUCUCACACAUUUUCUCUGUCUGGUUAUAUUUUGUUAUGUUGAUGAUGUGUGUUGUACUAAUGUAAAAAUUAGGUUUACAAUUACAAAAUACAUUUUGUACAUAAAAUUCCCUGUAAAAAAUUCAUGAACAUCCUUGGACUCUUCAUAGACAAAAAAUAUGAACAGCUAAUGAACUGUACCAUAUGUACAGAUUUCAUGAACUAUAGAGUUCAGAGUUCAUAUGAAGUUACAGAGUUCAUGAACUCAUGAACUUGCUUCUCUCUGCUGUUUAAAUGGGACAAUUCAUGAACAGUUCAUGAAUAGUUAUUAUUUAAUUUGAAGUUCAUAAAUAUUUCGUGAACCUUCAUGAAAACUUUAUCAUAAUUACAUAUGAAGUUCUGGAUAAUUGUGAGACUUUGAUUCUAGAGCAGUUUACUGCAUGGAUUUCAAAAUUAUAGUCUUAAGGGAGAACUAACUGUAUCAAGAGCAAAUACUAGGAAUCUGCAUAAACAUCUGAUAUUUGUUGUAAAAAACAGAUACGGUAUACCAUAUAUCUAUUCAGAAAUAAGUCUGUGACUGAUGAUAAGCCCAUUCAUUCAAUACAUGCUUAUUGUGAUUCAGUUAAAAAGAAAUUGUAUUCUUUGUCCUGCAAUAAGCCCAAUUUAACCCCCAAGAGUUAAUGUGUUGGCCCCCCUGGGCUUAUUACAUAAGUUAUAACUUGAACCUUGUAUGUCUGUGAUGUUGAUGAUAAAUUUAUGAUAUGAUUUACUGCUGUUCUAGCUAGCUAUACAUUUACUGCUCAACAAAUUAUUAUA